AUGGACAGCCAGACCGAGCGCGUCGACGACGGGCGAUCCCUCGGCGUACCCGACGGCGAGGCACGCCCAGAGGCGCACGCGGGCGCUCCUCGCGCGGGUGCGGGCCAGACGAGGCACUAUUUCUCCGCCGACGCGCCGGAGUACGUCCCGGGCCCGCGGGCGGCGGACGCGGGCGAGUGGCCUGGGGCGGGUCAGGCCGCGGACUCCCCCGAGGGCUACCACUGCGGAGGCGACGCCGCCGCGCCGCGAGGUGCGCCUGCUGGCGCCGCCUUCGGCUGGGCCCGGGCGGAGGCGUGGCCCCGCGCGGACGCGCCGCUGUGGCACCCAGCGCCGCCAGGACCCAGCGCGGGCGCCGGCAUCGCGGGCGGGGCGCGGCACCGCCGAGCGUCUCUCGGCGCACCGUCGAAGGCCGAGCGAGCCAUCGCGCAGCUCAGGCAGCUGCUCGACUUCUACUUCGAGCCGUUCAACCUCCACACAACCGCUACCUUCUGGACCUGA